AGUUAGGAAAACAGGCUUUCCGAGCCGGUCUCUUUGUAUUUCUCAGCGUUUUAGCUGAAUAACCUGCGGCGCUGCCUCGGGAACCUCGCAGAGCAGAGAAACUCUUCAGGACUUUGGGACGAGAAAGAAAGAAACCAGGAGGAGAGGGAGGCGAGGGGAGGAUUUUGCUGGGAGAAGCUGGAGACCUCCUCGGGGUGCCUGCCGUGGGCUGCUUCUCCUCUCGCAGCUCUCCAGCUCUUCUCGGGAGGAGGCAGCUCCUUGCCACGGAGCAGAGGAGUUAAGCAGGGCUGUGAGGACGACCAGGAGAGCUCCGGGGGUCUCGGAGGGCAACCAGAUCGAAGCGAGCAGCCCCCGAGCGCUGCUGGCUCUGCUUGAGCCCCGAAGGGUCCCCCCCCCGUCCCCGCUUUGUGCUCUCUAUGCCCUUCUGGCCGUCCAGCGCUGGAGUUGGUUGUCAGAGAAGCCUUGGAGGUCCCCUGCUCAGCCCCGGUAGUGUCAUGAGUUAGAUGAGUUGGAGCGGCGCUGGGGGCGGUGAGGGCUUGGGUUACAGAGCAGAACUCCAAGCGCUUCUCGGGGCUUUCACGUCGGAAGGGCUGGGAGGAGCCGCCCCCCGCUCGCACCCAUGGAGGAAAAAGAGAAAAAAAGCUGCCUCGGCAAGUGAGGGAGAAGAGAAGGAGGCUGGGAACAUGGACUCGGAGUCGCUGGACGGCUGCAUUCAGAGCACGUUAUCAGCCCUCUACCCUCCGUUCGAGGCCACCGCAGCCACCGUUCUCUGCCAGGUUUUUGAUGUGGUGGAGAAGACAUACCGUGGGGAUGGACUGCGCUACCUCAUAGACUUCCUGAUCCCAGCCAAGCACAUCCUGCAGUGCAUUCAGCAGGAUGCCUGUGUGCAGUACUGUGGGUUGCUGUUCCGCCACGAGGGCUGGCCCCUCUGUGUCCAUGAGAAGAUCAUAGUCCAGCUGGCAGCCAUUGACUGGCGAAUCCUGAAACCUGGGGACUUCUACCUGCAGGUGGUCCCCUAUCUCAAGAAAUCUCCACGGAUUGUAGUGAAAUGUUUGGCAAAAGACAAGCAUAAUGUAGAGGAAGUCGUGAUUCCAGAAGUUUCCUAUACCUCUAUUUUUACUCUGGAAUGGUUGAGUACUAUCAAUGGAGAGCGGAUGGGUAUAGCACUGGAAAAUUGUUUACUAACCACUGAUGAUAAAAUAUUUCGUGUCCCCUGGGAUCAAGUGGUUAAGCCUGAAUUUAGAAAUAAACCAAAAAUAAUUGAAAACAAUAUUAUCUCUCCAGAAAUAACAGAGCAACCUUCAGUUUUGUGCCUCCCCAUGGACCGUGCUGAGUGCAGUUCACCAGACCUAGGAUCUCGGUGUCUACAGGAACAAAGUCCUAUUGGAGACAACCUGGUCAUUAGCAGCACAGCUCCACAGUUGGGUGAAGCUCUUGUAAAUGGUGUCUGUACAAGUCCUGUGGCUCAAGAAGACUUGAAAAGUGACCUUGAAGGGGAGUACGUUGAGCUGACAGAAGUUUCACUGCCCAGGUUUGGGCCACAAACAGGCUCUUUAACCCAGUCUCUAGCUUUAAGUUACCUGACUCAGCCCAGAACCCGAGUGAAUGCAGCUAAAGGCAAGCACAGGUUCAUUGUCAUGCAGGACAGCACCUACUCCAAGAACUUGGUUCAGUCAGCACUGAUGCAGAAGGAACACUGUCAAAUGGACAUUCUGAGGACUUCUUCUACUGAAGUUCUCAAAAAUGCAACUCUGUUGGAAAACAACAAGAUGAUGGCACCUGGAGAACUGUCUUCAGAAGGUCAGCUGCCAUCAUGUGAUCCUGGAAACAUGGGGAAUAGUUUUCCUGUGACUGAGUCUCCUGCCUGCAGUGCAGAAGAUGGGACUUUGGAGCAGGAGACCAGCAGUGAACACUCCCUUGACUGGCGAUACGCACUGUGCAGCUACAGUGACCUGGGUGCUGGGGAUGGAGUCUGCUGCAAAGCACAAAUGCCUGGUGCUCCUGGAAAUGUGGAAGGAGGAGGUGAUGAUCCUAGGGGAAAUCCUGGCAUUGAAACAUCAGAACAGAGCCCAGAAACAGUUCUAGAUGCUGCUGCAGCUCCUGCUAAUGAGGAGGAGGUGAUACUGAGAGAACAUGGAGAACCACUGAUCGAGGGUCAAAAUGAGGUGACACAAAUGGAUCCUUCUCCUGUGGCUGUCCUGGGACCUUCAGGACCACAUUGCACACUGAAGGAAGGUCCUGAUGUUUCUUGCCAGAGUGUCAGUGAAAAUGUUGCACCAGUCCAGGCCACUACAUUGCUUAUCAAGCCUGAGAGUCCAGAUGCAGGUGUGGAGAGAGACUCUCCUUCAGGGAAUGUGGUGGGUGUAGGAGCUGAUGAUGGUUCUUGCUACAGUGAUCAGGAAGCAACUCUUAGCUCUCCAUUAAAUCCUCCAGAGCAGAACCAAGGAGAGGUAGAUAAAUUUGAGCUGGGAAGAAGGGACAACCCUGAGGAAGUCAAAGAGGUUGAACAAAUAUUGACUGUAAAUGAGAAUCAGACUAGUCAUAGUCACUGUUCUGUCAGGGCUCCUAAAGAUGGACUCAUGUCAGAUGGUGAAGAGCAAGAGGUCUCUGCCUAUCAGCAUGAGAAAGCUGAAGAAAACAAGCUGCUCCAAACUGCUCUGUCAGCAGAGGGUGAGCAGACAGCAGAACAAGUCAGUGACUCUUUGAGCCCUGAUGCACCAGCAGCAGGCUCAAGUCAAUUUACAUCUGGAGAGAGGUGUGAGGAGCUGCAAAGACAGAUAGAAAAUCAGGACCAGGAAACUGAAGAGAACUCUGUGCUGAACCCAGAGCCUGUUGCAGCACAGGAAUUGGAGGGCAGGAAGGAGAACCAGGGAAGCUUUUCUUAUGGGGAAAGGUCAAAGCUUAUAGCCUUAAAAACACUGGAAUCCAUUGAAGAGGAACUGGAGGUUGGACCACUGUCCUCAGGACCUGCUGAGGACCAUACAGAGCCCACCACUCUGCACUCCCACCAAGAAGCAGCUUCUGGGGCAUCGUCACCUAAAGGGAUGGUGUCAAAAGGGAGAGAGACAAGAAAAGAAGCAACAAGCACAGAUGCGGUGAAACCAGUGAGUAAAGUCAGUGCCCUGGAGGACACCUCAGCAGCUCUUACACCCCCGACAUCCCCAGGGCUGGGCAGUGCCUGGGGUGGUCGGUCCAUAGUCAAGGAUGUGAACCCAGAGGUGCUCCGGAGCGGCGUUGCCUGCCUGCCAGGUACCAGAGACAAAUCAGGACGUGCAGUGGCCAUAAUAACCACAAGGAACACAGCCUGGCUAAACCCCCACUGCAACACCCCUGAGCUUGUACGCCUCCUUCUGUACCUGCACAGCAUCCCCAGACCAGAGUGUCAGGCUUUGGGUCUGACUGUCCUUGUGGAUGCUCGUCGCUGUUCCCCAGUUCCUGCUCUCUUCAAGGCCUUCAGCACACUGCAGGACAUGGAUCCUCACUGUAUCCAUGGGGUGCUGCUGCUCGUUGAAAGGGAUCCAGCUUUUCGGAUGGAGAAGCCACCAGCAGGACAGUUUGAACUUCUCACCUCCAUGAAAUCCCUCCACAAGCACAUAGACAGCUCCCAGCUGCCCCUGGAACUGGAUGGGACCUUCCCUUAUUGCCACAGGGACUGGUUAAGCUUCCGCAUGAAGCUGGAACACUUGCUACAAGGAUGCCAAGGUGCCUGUGCCUUCCUCCAGGCAGCCAUUCAUAAAGUGGAAUCUGGAAAAUUACCAGGAAGAGCUGAGGAGGCAGCUGUGCUGCUGAGGAACUACAGGCAGCUGAUGAAGAAUGUUCUUGAAGACACCCGGCUGGUCAGGCUGCAGCUGGAGGGUGGAGCACUCCUGGCCAGGCUGAGGAAGGAGGAAUCUUGUGUCACCCUCACCCAGGACUACAGGGACUCUCUGGAUGCCGCCAGCGCGCUCUACAACCGGGUUGAUGAGGGUGUCCACCGCCUGGUGAUGGUGUCCAACAAAUGCAUCCAGGAGCUGGAGCUGGUGAUGGAGUUUGAGAAAGUGGAAGAAUGUUUGAAGGAGGUCAGCAGUUGGAUUGAGAAUGUUGGCAGAAAACGGCUGAAGGAAAUUAUCAACCUGGAUGAUUCUUUGGAGAUUCUGCUUCAAACACAAAAGCAGUUCAGGGAGUUUGAUCUUGUUGCCAGUGAAUAUUGCAGAAGGGGGCAGGAAGCACUGAAGAAGAUGGAUCGAUGGGAAGACUUCUCCUCUGUGGAUGUAGGUUCUUACAGGGUGAAGCUGCAGAGCUACAGGGACCAACUGGAGGAGUUCUGCACUCAGCUGGAUGAAAACAGGCACCGAAUCUGUGAGACUGUCAGGCUGUAUGAGUUCUUUGACAAGGCCUACGAGUGGGCCUUGGAAGGCAUGAGACACCUUGCCUGCAUCAGCAUGGAGGACUGCAGCUCUGCUGAACAUUGUGCAGGUGUCAUCAAGUGCCUGGAGAGUUACAAGGGGCAGCACCCGGACAUCAGCGACAGCCGCUUCCAGGAGAUGAAGGAGCUGGCCUGUGAGCUGAAGAGUGACAAGGGACUCAAGCAAUGGAAAUUUGCCUGGUCCAAAUGCCAGGAGACCAAGCUGGUUUUUGAAAAGAAACUGGAAGCAGCCCUGAGGACAAGGAAGUCUCUGCUGUCAGACCGCAAAGCAGUGUCGGGGGAGCAGCCCCGGGCGGGCAGCGAGGCUGGCAGCCUGUCCCACCGCAGGCACUCCGAGGGGGCCUCCUCCAGCUCCCACUGGGACAGGACUUACAGCACAUCCCACUGCUACAACAGGCCCAGCUGUUCUCCUGGGUGGACUAAGGAGAAAGCUCCCUCACCCUCCCCAAGCUGCCCUGGCAGUGUCGGUGCUGGGGAGGAAUUUGCCUGCCUGGCUACUCUCAGCUCUGCUCCUUACUCGAGCAGAGUUUCCUUUGCCGGUGGAGCCUCCAGGUCUCCAAAGCUGCCUGAAGAAAAGCCAAACUUGGAGAACAUAUUGGAAACCCUGGAGGUGAAACCAUCCUGCACCUCCACUCCAUCCUCUGGGAAGCUGCCUCCCCGGAGGAUCCUCCGGAAGGCCCAAAGCUUUGACCUCCCCUGUGGUGAGAGCCUGUGGUCAGGCUGCCAGAGGACACCGAGUGAGCCGGCCAGGUACGGCAACACCGGCGUCUUCAUCAAGGGGCUGGAGGUGAGCAGCACUGAGCUGGUGGACAGGACCUUUGCCCUGAGACAGCAAGCUGCCCCCAGCUGGGCUGCAGACUGCCUGCUGGAGGGACACAGGGGCUGCCUCACCCCGUCAGAAGCCAAGAGCUGGGGCAGCAAGCUGCGGCACAUCAUCGACGAGAUGGUGACGACGGAGCGGGAAUACGUCCGGUCCCUCUGCUACAUCAUCGAGAGCUACUUCCCAGAGAUGGAACGUCUGGACCUCCCCCAGGACCUGCGGGGCAAGCGCAGUGUCAUCUUUGGGAACCUGGAGAAGCUCUAUGACUUCCACAGCCAGUACUUCCUGCGAGAGCUGGAGAGCUGCUGCAACCACCCGCUGCGGGUCAGCCACUGCUUCCUCCGACACAAGGACCAGUUUGGGAUGUAUGCCUUGUACAGCAAGAACAAGCCAAAGUCGGACUCGCUGCUGGCCAGCCAUGGGAACACCUUCUUCAAGUUCAAGCAGGUGCAGCUUGGGGAUAAGAUGGACCUGGCCUCCUACCUGCUGAAACCCAUCCAGAGGAUGAGCAAGUACGCCCUGCUCCUGAAGGACCUGAUCAAGGAGUGCAGUGAGGCACAGGAGCAGGAGCUGGGCUACCUCCGUGCAGCUGAGGAGAUGGUGAAGUUCCAGCUCCGACAUGGAAAUGACCUGCUGGCCAUGGAUGCCAUCCGUGACUGUGAUGUUAACCUGAAGGAGCAAGGGCAGCUGGUGAGGCAGGAUGAGUUCACCAUCUGGCUGGGCCGCAGGAAGUGCCAGAGACACGUCUUCCUCUUUGAGGACCUGAUUCUGUUCAGCAAGCCCAAGAGGAUUGAGGGUGGCUUUGAUGUGUACAUCUACAAGCGUUCCUUCAAGACUGCAGACAUCGGUCUGACCGAGAACUCCGGGGACAGCGGCCUGCGCUUCGAGAUCUGGUUCCGAAGGAGAAAGUCCAGUGACACCUACAUCCUCCAGGCCAGCUCAGCUGAGACCAAGCAGGCCUGGACCAGUGACAUUGCCAAGAUCCUGUGGCAACAGGCAGCCCGCAAUAAAGGUGUGAUUCCUUCCCGGGGCGGCUGUGCCACCAAAGAAAUCCGCAUGCAGGAGAUGGUCUCCAUGGGUGUGGGCAACAAGCCAUUCCUGGAUAUCAAACCCAGUGAGGCAGCUAUCAAUGACCGUGCCAUCGACUACAUCAUGAAGGGCAGAGGUGCCAGGACCAGAGCGUCAAUCGCCGUGUCUCUGUUUGACCAUUCCAACCCCUACAAGAGGACACAGGCACAGCUCUCUGCUGGCAGCACCCCAGCUGCAUACUGCCCUUCCUCUUCCUCCUCCUCCUCCUCCCUGCUGGGACCCCUCAACCUCCACAUGUACCUGGACCAGGCUCUGCUGCCAGGUGUCCUGGCCCCCAGCCGCCCCUUUGACAUCGGCACCUGCAUCGAGGAAGAUGAGCUGGAGCACGAGACCAGCAGCCAGCCCUCACUGACAACAGAGAGCUCAGAGUCAUCCCACUGCAUGUCAGGCAGCGGCUCCAGCGGCUCCGACAGCGGCUGCGUCUCCAGCAUCCCCCAAGAAAGCUUCUGUGAAGACAUGGGCUCACCCCCCUACGUGCCCUUGGGCUCCCAGCACAGCUCUGCCAUGGAGGAGAAGCCCAGGUUCACAAACAGCCAGUACAUUUCUGCAGUAAGUGCAAGCAGCCAAAAUACUCUCUUCACUUUACCUGGUCCUGCAACUGCCUCCCCGGUUCCAGCCACUGUGGCCUCUUGUCGGGGGGCUGAAGAUGCUGCUUUUGGGCUAGGAGUCUCUGUGGGGAAGUGACCUCUCCUCUUUGCUGUGACUCUCCUCCUCUGGGGCAGGCAGAAACCCCUAUGUCAUGAGAUCUUCCCCUCCAGUGGCCAGGAUCCCUGAGGAGAUGCUCUGGGAAGUAUCUGCAGUGCUGGAAGCUACACUGGGAGGGGAUGCUGCACGCAGGAGCUUUGAUGCUGUCACGGGCUGGGGUUGCACAACAACCUCCUGGGGUGGAUGGAGCUCUGCUGCAGAUGCUGCUGAGCUCCUUUCCUGGGAGGUUUGGGCCUUUCUUGGGGAGCAAUGGGAUGGAGGAGCAGGAGCCUGUCACUCUUGAGUGUCUCAUGUUCCUGAGAGUUCUCAGCUGCUUCCCUUCCUGCUAGAUCGUGUCCUGAUGCUGUUGUCCUCUAACCCCCUACUAAUGCUGGCUUCUCUCCUCUGCAGAAAGCAGGCCAGGUCACCAUAAGUCCCUCGACAAUAGUGUGAGCCCCUCGGCACAUCUAUACUGCCUAAAGGAAGCAGAGUUGUUGUAAGUAGCCCCUGAAGGGGAUUUUCCAGCAGCUCUGAGUGCUGGUCAGGUUUGUCAGUAGCCCUGAGUCAGGAGAACCUCACCCUCUGCUUCUCCAUGAGAAGUUCUCCACGUACAUUCCGGAGCAGUCUCUGAUUCAGCUGCUCAGGGAAGACCAGCUCCCAUAGAGCCAUCACCUUCAACAGCUGGUCUGAUGCCUCCUGGGUCUGAAGGAGCAGAAGCAAAAUCACUUUUUGGGUAGCAGAGGCUUGAGCACCACCUAGUAUCAGUGUUCAGAUGAGCUUCUGCCCAGCUGUCUAACCACUAAUCUGUUUCUUGUGGCUGCUUGGUGAAAUCCUGCUCUUCCUUAGUCCCCUCUGAACUGCCUUGGAGAAUCCACAGUAUUCUCCCCAGGCUGGAUUUAUCCCACAGUUUCCUUUGAACCUCCCAACUGCACAUCAGCAGGCAGAGGAACCUGCUAGGUUCUGCUCAGCAUGUCCUGAGGGAGCUGCCAGGUGUAGUUCCUGUGUGUACUGGUUUCUGGAGGAUGUAAGGAAAUUGCUGUUGAUUUGAGGAGGGGGGAGCCCUGACAAGACAUGCAGCCACACUGGGCUUCCUGUCUGGGGGUGGCAGCCCUUGGAAAGUCAUGUCAGGGCUCACUCUCCUCCUUCUGGCUCAGCUUUUUCCUCUCUCAACCUCCCUUUCCACUGAGAACAGAGGGGCAGGGAUAGGUGGGAUUAGGGCUUGGAAGGUCAAAGCACAGGGUGGCAGAUGGCUCAUAGAUGUGACACUGUAGCAGUGUUAGAAGCACACAGGCCCAUGGCUUGUGAUCUGCAGGGACAGCAGUCCAGAACCAGCUAAAAAGGCUACAAUUUCAGAUCCAGAGCCCCCCCCCCCCUUUUUUUUUUUUGGAGGGUGGGUCACAGACAGGACCUUUAAAGCAUCCCCAGAAGCAGCAGGGUUUGCUGUCCCACUGUUGCAGGGACAGCAGCACAAAGCCAAGGUGCCCUCUUGUGUGAGGGAAGAGCCACCCUUCUCCUGCCAGGCCCUUCCACCACAAUGUUCACUCCCCACCCAAAAGCAGCUCUGACAAACAGGUGGUUUUUCAAGCAUUUGCCAAAACCACUUCAGGCCAGAGGGACCUGUGGGAUCCUGCCCAUCAGGGGGUGCAGCUGCUCUAACCAUUGCCUGCUGCUGUGUUCCAGGUUUGAUUGCCAUUUCAAACUCACUGAAGACCCCAGGCCUCUGACCAGCAGGAGGAGACAGUCUUCACCCAUGAAGAUAUAUUGAUUUUUUUACACAUAAUCAGGCUCUUUCAAACAGCCCCAAACCUGACCUCUGCCUGGGGGAACCUCCCAAGAAGGUUCCUGUCAACUCCACAUUGUAGCUUUGAUGUUGGAUGGGACCUUGGCAUUCCAAACCUGGCCCUGUAUUUAUAAGUCCCACAGCAGUUUGGACAGGGAAAAACAAACACAAAAAAACAAAAAGUAUUAUUUUUAAAGCUAUGAGCUGUACAGAUUUUUGUUACGAGUGACUCUGUUACUAUUUGUUCUUGUAAGCUGCACAUUUUAUAAAGUUUUGGGAAGGGCAUGAAGAGAAACUGAGGUAUUUAAGGAAAGUAGUGUUAACUUUCUGUUUCAGGGUUAUAUAUUGACCUGGAGCUCCAGAUUUAACGUCCUUCCUUAUGUUCUAAAUGUGUCUAUCAUAGCAAUAAUUUAUUUUCUUGGCUUAACACUUCUGUUUUAAUAAAAGCAGUUUCAUUGUUACAGUGAAUUGGUUCUUCAGAUGAUUCUUCCCAGUGCCUCAGUGCUGAGCUUGUCUCUGUCCUAACCAUCUGUCAGCUCCUCCCUGUGCAAUCCCCGCAAUAACCCACUGCUGAACCCUGUCACACGCCCAGGAGAGGGGUGGAAAUCCUGAGUGGCAGCGUGUGGAGCUUCCCCUGGUGCUGGUGGGAAGGCCAAGGCAGAGCAGGGAGCUCAGAGCAGCCAGCAGGGAUGUCACGAGGCUGGUGGAGGGCAGGGGACACAAGCCACCUCGUUUCCAGGCUCUAAUUUCAGCCCCUGACCCUGUGUAGCUGCUGGCCAAGUCUUCUCUCACUGCUGGGUCAGGUUCUAGGGUGCCAGUGGCAAACUCCAGGGUGCUUGUCCUGGCUGUGCCCUGGGUUUGGGGGUGACAGGGCCUGGCUGCUUGCCCUCACCUCUGACUCAGCCCCUCCCCAGGUACUCCAGUCCCACCUUGGAGAAGCUUUGCAUGGUGGUGGCAUCCGAGACCAGCAGGUUUUGAGCAUAAUGGGUUGGUUAUCGUGUUGGUUAUCGUGCUGAACCUUAAAUGCAGGUUGUUGGAAGUAGCACAGCCCCCCUGGAGGACAGACCUGGCCUGUGUUCCAAGGAGCCCUGUUUAUGAGUGACACCAAAGCUCCCUGCCUGGCUGUGACACCUUCCCUCUCUUCCUGGAGCAAAUUAAAGCAGCAUUUUUGGAAACCAUAGUUCCUUGCUGCCAAGCUCCUGUUUACUCCUGGUUUCUGGAGUGCUGGGCAUCAGGCUCACCGAGUGGGACAGCAGGGAUGUCACAUCCAGCCAGAAGAAGCUGCAGUCAUGUCUUCCACCUGCAGUUUGGGGCUGGGGGAGCUGCCCACCCCCUGCAGUGCUCUCGGAUGUCAAACCUCCAAGUUACCCUCCAUGUCCAGAACUUCUCCUUCAGGUUGGGAGUUCCUGUACUGUACAUAAAACACGUGUUUGCUUUUGAGAAGCUGGAUGGGUUUUUUUUAAACCUUGCUCUGGUUUGGGGUUUUUUUAUUUUAGACAGCAAAGAGAACACAGUUUGACACCUUUUUUACAACAUGCUGUGGGAACCAGUUGCACAGGGAAGAUCUUUAGAAGUUACUGUUUUCAAAGAAUGGCAAGAUUUUUGGAGCUGUCCUGACAGCAGUAGCUCAUGUGAUGAGGGAGAGAAGUUAUUAAUGCAAUAAAAGGAACAUGAAACUUCCUGACUUUCUCAGUUUCAAAGGUUUCUGCAUUGCUGGAAAAACCUUUAGUGAUGUUUACCUGACACUUGUUUUUUCAGGGUUGGAUUGAUUUGUCUAUUAAAGGUUAUUUUCUUUAUAUGAA